ACAAGACUAAAGAGGAGGAUGUCAAGACUCCAGACAGUAUCAUGGUUGGCAAAAGACUCUUGUAGCAGGAUCCAUUCUGGAGGCCAAAAUCUGUAGUUUCUGAGCAGAAGAGCAAAAACACCAUCAGCAACACCACAACUUACAGAAAUGCCAUGCUGUUUACUUCCCCAUCAACUGAACAUGAAUCAUCUCUGCAAAACUGUAAGACACCCAUAAUCCCAUAAGUCCACCCAUAAUCAAGAGUAAAUAUAUUCGGUGACACUGUCAGGAGACACAGUUUGGAAUGCACAAAGUAAAGCGUAAAGACUACUGACAUACUGACAUAUAAAUCACAGCUUCUUUAAAAAGAAAAAAAUAUCAUUAAAGACUGGCAAUUAUGAUGAACACUGAAGACCAGGAAAAUGAGAUGUACAAUGGAUCAGAGUUUCAAGAUAAUGUGGAUGUUCAUCCUCUAUAUGUAAAGAUGUCCAGGUUUUCUGUCAGAGAUGAACUGAGCUCUAGGUCUUAUCGACUGCCAGCAAUGCUUCUUGGGGCCCUAUGUGCAGUAUUUCUUUUUGUUGUAAUAGGACUGAGUGUUCACAUUAACAGAGUGAAUGACAAACAUGGCAUCCUGUCUCUAAACUCAUCAGUUAUCAGCUCUCAGCUCGCUCAGCUACAGUCAGACCACAGAAGCCUGAUCGAGUCCAAAAACGCACUUCAAAACAAACAUGAGGAAGAUGUAAGAAAGAUCAAAUCCCUGGAGAUAAAUUUGAACAAAGAGACAACACUGAACACUGACCUAAGCUCAAAAAAACAAAAAUUAGAGGAAGACAAAAGAAAACUGCAAUCUCAAAUUUCAAAUCUUGAAGACAACUGUGGCAAGUGCUUGCCUAACUGGGUACUGAUGAACAGCACAUGUUUUUACUUUGCUGUGUCUUUGAUGAUUCCGGGCAAAAACUGGGAUGCAAGCAGGGAUGACUGCAAGGAAAAAGGAGCUGACUUAGUCGUCAUAGAUUCAAAAGAGAAACAGGAGUUUAUAUCAGCGCGUUUACAGCAGUACAAAAUACGAUUCAGUUAUAAUAAUGGAUUUUGGAUCGGACUGAAAGAUGACCAUACAGAAGGGAUCUGGAAAUGGCUGAAUGAGACCACACUGACGGAAGGCUACUGGAUGGACGGGGAGCCAAAUGAUGACAAGGCUCGAGAGGACUGUGCAGUUGUGUAUUCCAGAGGAAAUCCAAUGAAGACCUGGAAUGAUCUACCAUGUUCACUCAAACAAAAAUGGAUCUGUGAGAAGGAAAUAGAUAAAACACUCUAGAAUCAUGUUUUUGUUCAAUAUCGACAAUUAUAAUUAAUCAAAGAUAAAUCAACAAAAUAGCAUCAACAAUGAAUAAUCAAUUCAAUGAAUAAUCACUUCCUUUUUUCACUAACUCCAUAAUUCUCUCAGAUUCUCUAUCUAAUCUGUUAAAAAAAUAUGUGUAUGUUAUGUUGUACCUUGGGUCCACAGGAACCAUUAUUAUCCGACUUUAUUCUGUAUAUUGCAUAUCCUCAUAAUGACAAUAAAGAAAUGUACUUUACUAUUUUUAAGGAAGAAAAUCACAUUUUAAUAAUUAAAAUGAUUGUUGCAAAUAAAUUCUACACUGUUUGUCCAGGUUUUUGUAUUGGGAACUUUGAAACACUGUAUAAAAUGUUUAUACAGUUAUUGUGCUGUCAGGUCAAUGCCGGUAUCCUUAAACUGUUUCCCAGAAAGUACCAUAGCCUACAAUCAUGGCGACCCUGAACUACACUUCCCAAAACCCACAAACUUUGUACCAUUCACAGCUUACAGACUUAUAAUCAUGCACAAAAGUCACCAGUCACACACAGCUCUAUUUAAGACUCACAAACACUCACACAAUGCCAAGUGUUCCAUUACCUGGCCACAUCAAGCUAUAUUAUGGCUUUUUAGAUUUAGAUUUCUUUGCCAGCUCUUAUAAUAAAAUCUAACUGUAUUUACAUCCAGUUCAUUCUAUCAUUCAUGACCUAUACUUUAUCUUUUAUUAGUGAAAAUUUAAUGCAGUUUUACUAAUCUAGGUUGCAUUAUGAUGUUGUAUGACUAUUAAAUUAUAUUUAUUUUGUAUGACUAUUAAAUUAUAUAUACUAAACAAUAACUUUA